AUGAAGUAUCACGGUCUAUUGCUUGGUGUUUCCGCCGGAGCAAACGCUCUAGCCAUCGCUGAAGCGACAAAACGACGAGAUGCGGGCUACAUGUAUCAGCCUGAUCCUACCCCCAUUGUGGGGAUUUCUGAUCUGAGACAUUUGGCGCUGGGGAAACGACAGGAGACUACGAGUGCGGAAACGACGUAUACUCUUGUUGUCAGUCCUGAUUCAACUUGUGGUUUUUUGUCUGGCUCGCCUGGAAAUGCGAUUACUUGCGCCAAUGGAGACAAGUGUAGUUGGGAGUUGCGAUAUGCUACUGCGAUCUUUUGCGGUUCUCAGGCGUACAAUCGGUGCUAUGAGAGGGAUGAUGCUCUUGAUACGAAACUCUGCGAUGAUGUUUGUCAGAGCAACGCUUAUAACCUCCUUUGCACCAAUACUGCUUCGCCUUAUUGCGGGACAUAUGCCUAUCCUUCUGGUGUUGUUGGCUUCAGAUGCGCAACGGCAACAGUGACGAGAGACCAGGAUGUUGAGUUCACAUAUACCAGCCAAAAGGGCCGCACAUUCUCUACGACAUUGGUUUCUGAUGAGACUUCAUCAACUAUUGCCUCAAGCUCAGAGUCUGGAUCAUCGACAACGGAAGCUUCAUCAACGACUACAGAGCCUGAGCCCUCUGAAACCGAAUCAAGCGGCGGCGGAAGCUCUACACCCGUCGGUGCCAUUGUCGGCGGUUCAAUCGGUGGUUUCGUCGCCCUGUCACUUGUAGUUCUCGGCGCAUUCUGGCUUUGGCGAAGAAAUAAGAACAAGAACGCCGCCCAACCAUCACCUCAACAACCCCCCGCGACAGCAGCGUCCUCUAUGCCUCCUCCAGGCCCUUAUGGUGAUACUGUACCCCCCAUGGCGCAGCAUUACCCUAAAUCAGAUGUCACGUCGCCUACGCAGUCUGAGUGGAGGGAGUCUAUGAUUACCGCGCAGACUGCUACUACACCUGUGCAGAAUCAAGCUUGGGGGCAGUAUCCUCAGGGGUCUCCGUAUCCUCAGGCGCAGCAGCCGCAGGAACUACAUCCGCAGGGAAAUCAGGGGCUGCAGGAUGGGCAGGUUCAUGAGAUGCCAUCUGAUAAUAACUUCCGUUGA